AUGGGAAGUUCCUCAGUACUCCCACCUGAAGCAAGAAGGCUAGAAGGAAAAGUGGCACUAAUUACUGGUGGGGCUAGUGGCAUUGGUGCGUCCACUGCAAGACUAUUCUUCAAAAAUGGAGCUAAAGUUGUAAUUGCAGACUUGCAAGAUGAAAUGGGUCAGUCUUUGUGCAAAGAACUAAAUCCUGAAUGCACAACCUUCGUACAUUGUGAUGUCACCAAGGAAACUGAUGUGGAAAAUGCUGUUAAUUGUGCUGUUUCCACGUACGGUAAAUUAGACAUUAUGUACAACAAUGCUGGUAUAAUUGGGGUAAAAAAAACCAGCAUUCUUGACAACACCCAAGAUGAUUUUGAGCAAGUGAUUAAGGUCAACAUGUUAGGUCCUUUCCUUGGUACCAAACAUGCAGCCCGUGUGAUGAUCCCGGCUCGCAAAGGCUGUAUAAUCAAUACUGCUAGCAUAUGCUCAGUCAUAGGAGGGGCUUUAUCGCAUGGCUACACAAGUGCAAAACAUGGUGUGUAUGGAUUAGUAAAAAAUACAGCAGUGGAGCUUGGAAAAUAUGGCAUUCGUGUGAAUUGUGUGUCACCCUAUGUGGUUCCUACACCUGCGGCAUGGGAUAUCUUCGAACCAGAUGCAAAUGGAGUUCCUCCUACUAUUUAUUCCAACCUCAAGGGUAAGAAUGUCGUGCCAGAGGAUAUUGCUGAUGCUGCACUCUUUCUUGCAAGUGAUGACUCAAAAUAUGUGAGUGGACAUAAUCUUCUCGUAGACGGAGGCUAUACCGCUUUGAAUGCAGGCUUUUGUAUGUAUCCACAAUGA